CUGCCCCCGACCAGAGCCCCAGUUCUAGCCCUGGCCCUUCCCCCACGCUGGCCCAGCAGCUGCUUGACUGUAGGGGGCCCCAGGAGGUCUGAGGGGGUUGGGUGCAUUCUGUCUUCGGACAAAUGACACUUUCAGAAGCUGGCCAACCUCAGCUGCUUGGCUUCUCUACCUCCUGAUGUCAUCUCUGUUGGACCCUGGCACGUGAAACAGUGUGUGUGUGCACGUGUGUAUUGUGUGCCCACACACUCGUGUGUGUAGGAAAAGGGGUAUGCUUGUAUGCAUGGAUCAGGUCACUUGGGGUGAAUGCCCUCUCUGCCCCUCCCCCACAUUCUUGUUGAGAGUGGGAGAUAAGGCUCAGGGCCACAGACAUCUGCGUCAGAGAUAGGAGGUCUCAAUGUCAUGGAUAGGGGCAACUGGGCCUGCAAGGCGUGGGAAGGACUGAGGAAGACCAGGGGCAGUCAUGGCUGCCACGGGAUGGAGCUUGACCGAGAGCUGGUCCUGGCCAAGGUGAAGGCCCUGUUCCUGGAUGCCUUGGGUCCCCCAACUGGGACUGGCGAAGGUGAGGUUCCUGGAAUCAGGCGGCUGCCCCGAAGACACACUGCAGGGGUUUUCAUCCACAGGAGCUCAGAGCAGCAGGAGGAGGAUGUCUCCCAAUCCAUCCUUUUCCCAGCCACAGGUGUCAGCUGUGAGGACGAGGCAGCCGCUGGAGGCCUGGUCCCGGAGGCUGACCAGGGUCUCUUCACAUAUAUGUUCCGGCCAUCUCAGCACUUGCGCAGCCGCCAGGUGAUUUCAGCACAACUGUGGUUCCACACUGGACUGGACAGGAGGGGCAUAGCACCGUCCAAUAGCUCAGGGUCCCUGCUAGAGCUACUGGUGCUGUCAUCAGGGGGUCCCGUGGCUGUGCCCAUAUCCUUUGGCCAGGCACCCCCCCGUUGGGCGGUGCUACGGCUGGCCACCUCUGCUCUCCCUUUGCUGACCCACCCUGUCCUGGUGCUAUUGCUGCGCUGCCCACUCUGUUUCUGCUCUGCCCGGCCUGAGGAUACACCCUUCCUCGUGGCCCACACUCGGGCCAGACCAUCCACUGGAGGGGAAAGAGCUCGGCGUUCAGCUCCCCAAAUGCCCUGGCCUUGGUCUCCCGCUGCCCUGCGCCUGCUGCAGAGACCUCCAGAGGAGCCCACUGCCCACGCCUACUGCCACAGAGCUGCGCUCAACAUCUCCUUCCAGGAGCUGGGCUGGGACCACUGGAUCGUACACCCUCCCAGUUUCAUCUUCCACUACUGCCACGGUGGCUGUGGGCUGCCCACUCCACCAGACCUGCUCCAACCAGUCCAGGGAGCGCCCCCAACCUCUGUCCAGCCCCUAACUCUGGUGCCAGGAGCACAGCCCUGCUGUGCUGCUCUCCUGGGAACUAUGAGGCCCUUACAGGUUCGCACCACCACAGAUGGAGGCUACUCUAUCAAGUAUGAGACAGUGCCCAACCUUCUCACACAACACUGUGCUUGUAUCUAAACGGGUCCUGCCAACCACCCACUGUCAUCAGCCAGGAGGAAGGAAAUGUGUGAAAAGUUGGUAGCUCCCUCUCCUUCUUCAACUUCUCUGCCUGAGGGCUCCCCUCCCCAUUCUGCUCCUGUCCCAUGGGUGACAUGUGACAAUAAAGAAUA